UCCAGCACAAAUCCAACUGAGAGACUCAUUUUUUGUUAUCUCAAAUAUUUUUCAAAAAAAAUAUUGAUUCAAGUGCAUUCCCAUGGAACAAGAAGUAGGGGAAUCAUUGAUUCAGUUGGGGAACUCGGAUGGUUCCGAGUCUAGCAGCUCAGAUCCUGUAACUCGUGUAAGGAAGCUACUGUUUCGCCGUAUGCUGGUGGGGAUCAAAGACGGCAGGUUUUUCUUGGGCACUUUCCACUGCCUUGACAAGCAAGGAAAUAUCAUUCUCCAGGAUACAGUAGAGUACCGUAGCACCCGCCGGUCCUCUCCGUCUCCAAUGGAGCAACGAUGCCUUGGUCUCACUCUCAUCCCUGCGUCUUGUCGUGUCUCCUGUCACGUGGAUUGCUCCAUUGAGGAACAGUUGUCGCUGCUGGAGGUAUAAGAAAUGAGACUCUUUAUGUUUCCAUAAAAUUUAUGUUCGAAAGAAACAACAGUUUUUUCUGCAAGUAACCUAUUGUUAUUAGGAACGAUUAUAUUGCAAUUGCUUUGGUUUGAGUAAUUGGAAGGGGUCAUGAUUGGUGCACUA